UUUUACAAUUCUGAGAAGUGAGAAGUUUCUCCAAUUUAACAUACAAUAACAAUGGUAGUCUGCACUGUAAAAAAACAGUAAAAAUCAGAACGUUUAUAAAACUGUCAUUGAAUUUCUCUUGAACAAGAAUAAAAAAUUGAUAACGAAACGUGAUUUGAGAUUGACUCGGGGUUUUAAUAACUGUUUACUUUUUAUACUGUAUACAAAAAAGUAAAAUGAAAAUAAAAGUGUGUAUUGACAGGAACAUUAUUUGUGAGCAAUAAAUGAUGAUAUAUAAACAAAUGAAGAGCUGACAAUGUUUAUUAGUUGUACUAUGAUUUGAUAAUUAUUUCAUUCAUCUAAGGUCUUUUUAAUUAAGAAUGUUUAAAGCAGAAGAAUCGUCGAAAGGUAGUUUCCUUCAGCAAACAAAAGCCGCGAGAGAGGAACGUGCCAAUGAAAAAAUUCGAAGGGAAGCAGCAACUUGCAUUCAAGCACUUGUUAAAGGAUGGCUGACUCGAAUUAAAUUUGCCAAUACAAUUAGAACACAAUUUGAUGACAAUUUUCAAGAUGAGAAACCUGGCGAUAAUGAAACAAAUGACGCUGUGAAACUAAAACCUGCUCUACACAUCUACAAAAUUAUUUCUAGAUUUUUAAUUGUAUAUAAGUCGGAGAAAGAUCAAGAAAGAGUGGAAAAAUUAUGCAGAUAUCUUGUGCUAUCAAUUUUAUCAGAAUCACCGAAAUUCUCUUAUGUUGGAGUUGCAUUAAACAAAGAGCAUAACAUAUCAUGGAUUUCACAAAUAAAAACAAUAUUGCACCACUGUAUGACUGGUUUAGAAAAUCUCAAACCAGAAAUUGUUUCUGACAAUAAAUCAAUUGUAUUAAGAUUGCACACGUUAAUCAGUUUCACGUCACCGAAAACAUGGGCUAUUCUUCAUCUCAAUGGAAUGGAGAAACUCAAAACAGGAAUGAAUCAACUUUGUGCGAAUAUUAUGGGACAUCUAGUCAGCAAUGGAUUCUAUAAUAUUAUGCAGGCUCUCUUGGUGAGAAGUUUGGCGAGAGAAAGUAUUACGUUGACACCUGUUGAAUUAACAGCCGUUAUUACGUUAACGUUCAGGCCUCUGAUUUCUUCUCAAAUGUCUGAUAAAUUAGUUUCAUUGUUUUUAAUAAACAUCCUCAGCGUUCCUUCUUUGAUUUAUCAUUUAAAUAAAGAAGAAUUCGAUAAGUGCAUCUCAUUAUUUAAGACACAUAGUCUUCUGUCAAGAAGUUUAGAUUUAUUAAAUUCUGAGCAAAAUUUAAGGAUAGUUUUUAACGCUCUUGAAGGGAACUAUGCGUUAUGCCUGUUAGCAAAUUUAAUUCAGUUAGCAACUAUCGAAAAGGAAGAAGUUUUAAAAGAGGCCUACUUUCCAUCUUUCACGUUUGUGGUAACAAAGAUGCUGGAGGCUUGUCAACAAUAUGUGGUUGCGAAGAAAAGUAAUUUAACAAGUUGGCAUCCAAUUCUCGGAUGGUUUGCUCAAAAAAUUGAUCCAUCACUUCCGGGAGUUAUUCCAUUUGUUAAACUACAAUUAUCUGAACUUUGGACUGGAAAAAUUGUAACUCAAUUGAUCGGCCAGCCAUUAAUGGAACUUGUUGAGAAUGAAUCUCCACCACAAUUGGAGCAACAAAGCAUCUCAGUGGGUACUAAUAUUUUUGUUCGAGCUUUCCUCGAAGCGAGGACAAACAGAACAAAUAGCAAUAAAAACUAUCGUAAGCUAGGAAGUCCUGAAACGACGAAAAUAGCUUUGAUAUGUUCACUUUAUCAGACUGCUCUUGACACACUAACUGGAAUUAAAUUUGAUAUUUUAAUAGGUUUAAGCAGUGGUAAACUUUUAUAUCACAUGUGGCUCUUUUUGGGAACUCUUGGUCCUCAUUGUGGUUUGAAGGCAUUCCUCGAUUUAUUAGCAGCUAAUACAAAAUGUACAGCUCCAGAAUUUCACAUGCUGAUAUUAUUUUGUGACUGUAUGACAAAUUAUAUUGCGCUGCUAGACGAUAUGAAUAUGUAUGAGACACAAGAUCCUUUUAAACUUUCGGAUUUUAUUACGAUGUCGUAUUUCCUCAACCAGUUUCUUUAUAAAGCAGUUCUCAACAACUUAUUCGAUGGAAAAUCAGUGAUUAAUAAUCCAUUAUUUACAUCAUUGCAUACUUUACUUAUGACAAUAUAUAGAAGGGACUGUAGAAGGACUUUUUGUCCAGAGGGUCACUGGUUGGCAAAGGAGGUUAGAGUUUCCGGAUUCCUUGCUGAUCUCGAAAAAGGGCGGAGAGGAGCAGCGCUACUUCUUUCUAAAAUGCCUCACGUUAUACCUCACUCUGAAAGAAUUGUACUCUUUAGAAAACACAUAGCUGAUGAAAAAGCAGUGCUUGGCUUGACCGAAAGUGCCUGUAAUAGUCCUCCUUCGACUUUGAUUUCAGUUCACAGAUCACGAAUAGUAGAAGACGGUUAUCGACAAUUGGCAAUGUUACCAUCUCAGGCAUUGAAAGGUGUGAUAAGAGUUCGUUUCGUGAAUGAACAAGGACUAGAUGAAGCUGGAAUCGAUCAGGAUGGUGUGUUUAAAGAAUUCCUCGAGGAAACAAUUAAGCGAGUUUUUGAUCCUUCUUUAAAUUUAUUUAAAGCAACAAGUGAAAAUAGACUUUACCCCUCGCCAACAUCCUCAAUACAAGAAAAUCACCUUUUACUUUUCGAAUUUGUCGGCCGGAUGCUGGGAAAGGCUGUUUAUGAAGGAAUAGUCGUCGACGUACCAUUUGCUUCAUUUUUCGUCUCACAAUUUUCCGGACAAACUUGUGGUGCAUUUUACAGUUAUAUCGAUGAACUAGCAUCUCUUGAUCGAGAUUUAUAUCGAAGUUUGACUCUCGUAAAAAAUUAUCACGGAGACGUGCAACAAUUAGAAUUAUCAUUUUCGUUGGAUGAGGAUGUAAUGGGAAAAUUAGUCACCCACGAAUUGAUUCCUGGUGGAAGAGCAGAACCUGUUACUGAUCAAAAUAAAAUUAAUUACGUUCAUUCGAUGGCAAGAUUCCGAAUGGUCACGCAAAUUAAAGAUCAAACUUUUGCCUUUAUAAAAGGUUUUCGUUCCAUUAUUAAUCCAGAGUGGUUAUCGCUUUUCUCAACACCCGAGUUGCAAAGAUUAAUUUCGGGAGAUAAUGUACCGUUAGAUCUUCGUGAUUUGCGAAGACAUACUCAAUAUUAUGGAGGGUUUCACGACAGCCAUCGAGUGGUUUGUUGGUUGUGGGAUAUUUUAGAAAAGGACUUUUCUGAAGAAGAGAGAGGAUUAUUUCUAAAGUUUGUGACUAGUUGUUCGAAAUCGCCGUUGCUUGGUUUCGCUCAUUUGGAACCUCCUUUUUCGAUAAGGUGCGUAGAAGUUGGAGCUGAUGAAGACACUGGUGAUACAAUAGGCAGUAUAAUUAGGGCAUUUUUCACAAUUAGGAAGAAGGAUCCACAAAAUAGAUUGCCUACGUCAUCUACGUGUUUUAAUCUCCUGAAAUUACCAAAUUAUCAAAAAAAGAGUACUUUGCGGGAAAAAUUACGAUAUGCUGUUACAAGUAAUACAGGUUUUGAACUUUCGUAAUUAUUUCUAAAUAUGACGCUAUAGCUGUGAAAACCAAAAAAUUGCAAAUUUAUAGCUAAUAUAAUGUAAAAUAUCAAAUACAUAGUAUAUUGUAUUAUUUAGAUGUAUAUUGUGAAA